AUGGGAUUUGAGUUUGCGUAUGUGAAGAAUGAGUCGUACAGAGUGACUGCUGAGUGUAGAUUUAAACAUGAGGCUCCGUGUUCGUGGAGGAUUCAUGCUUCUAUUUCUAAAUCGAAUGGUUCUUGUUACAUUCGAAUGUACAACAAAGAGCAUCAAUGUGGCAUGUUUUUUGGUACUGUAAGUAGGAGGAGAAUGACGUCGCGUGUCAUAAUUGAUUUGAUAGAAGGUGAUAUUAGGGUAAUGCCAGGUAUUACACCUCGUGAGGUUCAAAAACAGGUGAAGAAAAAAUUUGGCGUUGAGAUUAGUUAUUUUGUUGCAUGGAAAUCUACUGAUGCGGGACGAAAUAGGAUUUUCGGGGACCAUAGCAGCUCAUACGCAUGUCUGCCGUCAUAUUUUGCUGAAGCUGAGGGGACGAACCCCAGAAGCAUAUUCAAUUUGGAUAUUGAUGAGUCCAAGCGAAUUUUCCGCCGAUGUUUUUUUGCCUUUGCAGCUUGCUUGGUAGGAUUCAAGUCAUGCCGUCCCGUGGUGAUGCUUGAUGGGACUUUUUUGAAGGGUAAGCACAAGGUGAUCCUGUUGAGUGCUAUUGGGAAAGACGGUGAUGAAGGUCUGUUUCCUAUUGCUUUUGGAAUUGUAAGUGAAGAAACUGAUUGUAACUGGUCUUGGUUUUUGAACCACUUUCGAGAUGCUGUUGGGACUGACCGGUCGUUGAUUUUUGUUUCUGAUCGUAACCAUGGGAUUCUUGAAGGAGUUAGGCAAAUUUUUCCAGAUGCUUUACACGGCUACUGUUACAAACAUUUGAAUCGCAUUUUGCAGCACAGGUUCAGGGGUGUUGCUCCAAACUUUCGUGACGCGGUACUGGCACAGUUUGCAAAUUGUGCUUAUGCGGUUACGAAUGAAGAUUUUGUCCGCUGUAUUCAAAAGUUGAGAGCUACUGGUGGCAAGAAAGUGUGCAAUUUUUUAGAUGAUAUUCCAAAGGAGAAAUGGGCAAAUGCACAUUUUGAGGGUCUGAGAUAUGGUCAAAUGACAUCGAAUGGGUGUGAGUCGUGGAAUUCUCAAGUUGACGAUAAACGGUACCUGCCUAUUACUAUCUUGAUUGACGGGAUUAGAAUGUUGUUGAUGGAGCAACUUAGUGAUCGACUGGGGGAUGGAAAUAGGUGGACAACUGUGCUGACCGAGUCCGAAAUGAGACAGCUAGUUGAUAAAGGGAGGACAUGGGAACCUAAAAAGUCGUCGGAAACUGUGUAUGAAGUUUUAUCGACGUCGAAUGUUGUUGUGGAUCUGCGAGAGAGAGUGUGUUCGUGUAAGCUUUGGCAAAUCAACAGGCUUCCAUGUGCACACGCUGCUGUUGUGAUUUUCUUAGAAAUAGGUGGUGGUUACGAAUAUAUUGAUAAAUGGUUUCAUACAUCAACUUUUGUCCAAAGUUAUUCUAGUUCAGCUGUGCCGUUUGUUAGAUUGGAUAAUGACGUUGCAGAUAGUGACAUUGGGCCACCUGAGUAUCAUCCAUGGCGUGGCAGGCCUAACCGGAAGAGGAUCCCUUCUAAUGGGGAGUUUACAUCUCGAAAAAUGAGAUGCAGCCGUUGCAAAGAAGUUGGUAAUCAUAACAAGAAAACAUGCCGGAAAUGA